AUCAUGACCACGAUAUAAGGCAGGUAAGUUUAAUAAACUAUAUAUGAAAUCUAUCUACAUCAUGUUUGCCUCUAUUUAUUUUUGUUUCUUUUUUUUUUUUUACUAUUGCAAAUUUCGUUGAUUUCAUGUCUCCUCAUCUCAAUAUCUGAAUGAGGCGUUCGUCACUCCACUAUCGGACAUCUCGUGGACCCGAUUUUUGUCUCAGCCUUCUUUCUUUGUGUACGAAGUGAUAAUGAGCUACCCUAUCUUAUGUAUCCUUACUAGGGCCGGUAGUUACCUGUCGGAUCUUUCACCAUCUCAUAUCACCUUCCAAGCUAUUUUCGUUCUUCUUAAUUGGUCUUGUUCUCUUGUCAUACAACAAUGUCUUUUCUACAUAUCUGUCGACACCUUCCCCGGGUCAACUCAAUUAACUUUGUACAGCUUCAGAACGAGCCAUCAACAUAAUGUGGAGAACCCGUGCUCUCAUCAGCGACCUUAUGAAUCAGGUCUACGAUCCAGUGGUUUUCUAACGUUGGCUUUUCCCGUUGUUUUGAGCUACGACGAAUAACAUAUCACCGAUCUACGACAGCCUUGUAACAGCCUUGUAACCAUGGGCUCACCUCAAGAGCGUUUCUUGGAGAUUUUCCAGGCCCUUCGCCCAUCUUUUCUAUCCAAGAACCCUCAUUUUAACUUCAUCACCGCUCAUUACUUCUGGAUCAUAGGAUGGACCAUUAUAGGAUCUAUCUUGAUUUUCGCUUCUGCAAAAGGCCAAUUGGCCUAUAUAGACGCUCUCUUCUUUGCUAGUGGUGCCAACACCCAAGCAGGAUUGAAUACUGUUGACGCCAAUUUGCUUAAUACCUUCCAGCAAUUGGUUAUUUACUUCCUUACGAUGCUAUCAAAUCCGAUCACCAUCCACUCUUCUGUUGUCUUCUUGCGCCUCUAUUGGUUCGAAAAAAGAUUUCAACAUAUCGCUAAGGAAGCAACUUCGCGGCGAGUUUCUCUCGCUAAAUCACGAACUAAAGCGAAAGCGACUGCCGCCGAUGUGGAAAAGGGCGUCAAUGGUCGAAAUAUCAUGGUGAUGCACAACACCGCCAAAUCAUCUCGAAUGACUAAUGAUGGUAUUCUGUUGGACGACUACACCAUCAAUGGAACGACCAAGCAAGAUACACUUCCAAAUGGGUUCGAUCACAUUGAUGACGUAGAUCACAAAGACCAGGACCAAGAUCGGCCUCCCCAACGGCCCGCUCCUCCACAGAUUAAGUUUUCAGAUCAAGUGAAAAGGAGUGAUGCGCUUGAAUCGGACGAGGACGACGAGGUAGCUUUACCACAAAAACGGACUGACGCUGAACACAUCGCUAUUCUAGAAAGACAGCGCAAUGCCGAUAAAAGUGUCCUAAGAAUCCCUGGGCCGCGGGACGCUGAUAGAGGUGCAUUACCAGAGGAGUUAGACGAUGAAGGCCCCGAAGGCCCCGAUCCUGCGAAUCGCAAGCGAAGAGAGUCGAGUGUCGAGGGGCCCCGCCGACCGACCUCGGCCCUACACCUUGCGAGUCGCCCGGCAGAUCGGCAGCCAACAAUAACCAUCGAGGAACCCGUGAAACGACGCAGAGAAGAGCAUGAUUUACCGGAAGAGAUAGCGGAAGACGUCGAAGCAGCUGCCCAUACUCUUGGCGUAUUUAAAUUCCGAAAACCCAGGAAGGAAGGAGAGAAGCUACAUCACACCGACACAGGUGCAUCAACCUCUCGUAUCAAUCCUUUGCAGAAGAUCAAAUCUGUCUUGACGCAAGGCAAAGAAGAAGAUCCGAUGCCAUACCUGAGUUGGCAGCCAACUCUAGGUCGGAACUCUGCUUUUCUUGGGCUUUCAGAGGAACAGAGAGAGGAAUUGGGUGGUAUUGAAUAUCGCUCGUUGAAAACGCUUGCCCUUGUCUUAACGAUCUAUUUCUUCGGUUAUACGUUCUUUGGGAUGAUCUGCCUGGUGCCUUGGAUAGUCAACAAUAACGACUAUUAUGGCCAAAUCAUCGAUGCUGCAGGUCAGAGCCGAGUGUGGUGGGGUUUCUUCACGGCCAACUCUGCUUUUAUGGAUCUCGGCUUGACACUCACCCCCGAUAGUAUGAAUUCAUUUAAUACGGCCAUAUUCCCCCUUCUGAUCAUGUCGUUUCUUAUCAUCCUUGGAAACACCGGCUUCCCUAUCAUGCUUCGUUUUAUGAUAUGGCUAUUUUCUCUCAUUGCACCUAGAAAUUCCGGCCUUUGGGAGGAGUUGAGAUUCCUUAUGGACCAUCCGCGGCGUUGUUUCACGCUCUUGUUUCCCUCCAACGCUACUUGGUGGCUUUUCUUUAUCCUGGUUGCUUUGAAUGGAAUCGACUUAAUACUGUUUAUAAUUCUCGACCUUCAUGAUAGCGCGGUUGAUGGUCUGCCGCUCAAUAUCCGAUUCCUCGACGGAUGGUUCCAAGCCACAGCUACUCGAACCGCUGGUUUUUCAUGCAUUAGCCUGUCCGAAAUCCACCCAGCUGUGCAGACAUCGUACCUCAUCAUGAUGUAUAUAUCCGUCUUCCCCGUCGCUAUCUCGAUUCGUAGGACGAACGUGUACGAGGAGAAGUCGCUCGGUGUGUAUAGCACAGCAUACGAUGUCGACGACAAUGAGCAAAGUAGUAUGUCAUAUGUUGGGACCCAUUUGCGUCGUCAACUGUCUUUCGAUUUGUGGUAUAUCUUUGUCGGCUACUUUAUCCUCACAAUCAGCGAAGGCCCGCGCCUUAUGUCGGGUGACUUUUCUAUGUUUGCUGUGCUGUUCGAGGUUGUGAGUGCGUAUGGCACGGUCGGACUUAGCUUGGGAUAUACGGGUGUCAACGCUUCGUUGUGUUCCCAAUUUACGGUCGUCGGGAAGCUGGUUAUUAUUGCUAUGCAGAUCCGUGGCCGCCACCGUGGUUUACCAUAUGGGCUCGAUCGAGCUGUCCUUCUACCUAGCGAGCACCUCAAUCGUAAGGAGGCUGAGGAAGGCGAGCUACGGUUACAGCGUCGUCAUUCUGCGAUGUCGAUUGGGCACCCUCCUCAUCAUCAUCGUCGGCCUUCUAGCGCAGCAAGAGGUCGUAGCCGUAGUGUCGAUAGGAGACAUAUGCUUACGGGUCUUCUGCAUCCGGGACCGGUACACCCACCGCAUCUCUCGAUAGCUAAGACGGAAGCCUCAAUAGGACUGGGUAGGAUGGACACGCUUAGGAGACGAACAACGGACCCAGGGCACGGUGAUAAUGGCGACGCUCAAGGAAGGAUUAGACAUAGACGAGCGGAUACCCAGCCGACGUUAUUUCCUUAGUGGAGGAAGGGUUCAGCCGGAUGGGAGAAGUCACCAAAACCGAAGAAUAACGGAACCCGACGGGCGGCUACAGAACCGAUACCGGCCCGUCAUCGUGGCACGGGAUACGCUAGCCCGCCGCCACUCGUGUUUCGUAACCCUUGGUGGCGUCGAGGAUCGAGAGUACAAUGGUAUCUUGGCAGCACAGGAUGAUGCAUAUACCCAUCUCCAUCUGCAUUAGCAGGGAUACAUGAUAGGAGAGAAUUAGAUUAGAGAGAAUCGCGUUUGAUUUGCAGAGAUGAAGAAUAUUAGAGAUGGCGGCUCAAGCUAAGAACGGAUAGAAUAUGGUUAUUAAAUAUUAGAAAGGGGAAGCAAGUUUUCAUUAUUUGGGGUAAGGCAUUCGUCACAUUUUCAAUACGGCGUUCAGGUUAUACAGAAACUCUCCAAGGGCUUAUAAGUGUUGAAUAGCCUAUAUGGGAGGAGAUAUGACUUAUUUAAUCCUUUUUUCAUAGUUUUGUUCGGUCUCGGACUUUACGAGGAAUCGGGCUAUGCUUCGUAUAUAUUUAUUUUACUUAACGUAUCUACCUAGGUAGUUAAGUACCUACUCUGGAGGCCAGGGCUUGUUUCUAUUAU